GCGUCGUUCCAGCAGACCUUAUGGACUGUGGCGCCUAUCAGCUCGGGAAGUGUCAAGACCAAAGCCAUGGGUUUCUUGAACGGCAUGGAUGUGGUAAGAUUCUCUCAUGGACACUUGGACGAGUUUCUGAGUGUGCCCCAAUCUGGAUGUAAAGAAGAUGACAGUGUCAGCGAGGUGUCAUAUGAGACUGGUGCCGUGGCUUCAUAUGCAAGAUCACUCUGGAGGACUGAACUAGUCACCAAAAAGUGGAAUGGUAGUUAUGUGUCAUGGGAUCAGGACUGCAGGAUAAGACAUCUUACAUCAGGAAAAUAUCUUGCAGUGUCAAGCCCUGGAGACAGUGAAGUAUGCAUAGUUCCAAGAAAAACAGUAGAUCUUACCUCUACAGUCUUCUGCCUUCGACAAUCAAAGGACGACACCCUUCACUGGGACAGCAAGCAAGAACACGGAAUGGGGAUGGCAGAAAUCAAAUUUGGCGACUCCACCGUGUUGAUCCAGCACAAAGAGACGGGUCUGUGGCUCUCCUAUCUGGUGGAGGAGAAAUCGGUCGGAGGAGGCAGGCAAGUGGAUAGAAAGGUCGUGAUGCAUCGUGACGGCCACAUGGACGAUGGAUUUUCCGUGGUACGUGCCCGAGAUGAAGAGUCACGUUCAGCUGUGAUCAUCCGCAAGAGUACCUCUCUAUUCCAUCAAUUCAUCGGAGCCUUGGAGUCACUGAGGACUGAGGAUGAUGAUCGGAGGUUGUGGGAAAGCUUCUCCUUGGAUUCAGUGACGGACAUCUUGAGGGACCUGGUGGAGUAUUUUGCUCAACCCGGGGAAGAAAGUGAACAUGAAGAGAAGCAGAAGAAACUGAAAGCUCUCAAGAACAGGCAGGAUUUGUUUCACGAAGAGGGAAUGGUGAAGCUGGUCCUGGAGACAAUAGACAAGAUCAGCAUAUACAAGAGCGGACGAGACUUUGCGACAAUCGCCGGGGAGGAAGCUGGCCAAUCAUGGGAAGACAUUCUCACCUACCUCUACCAACUCCUAGCUGCCAUGAUAAAAGACAAUCAUAACAACUGUGCGCUGUUUGCUCAAGCUGUUCGUCUAGACUGGUUGAUACAGAGACUGGAAAGCCAGCAGGCCUCUAAAGGUGUACUAGAAGUUCUUCACUGUGUCUUGGUGGGAAGUCCUGAGGCACUCAACAUCGUUAAGGAACAGCACAUCAAAUCGAUGAUCUCCCAGCUGGAGAAACAUGGCAGAGACCCCAAGGUGCUUGAUGUUCUGUGCUCACUAUGCGUCGGUAACGGAGUGGCAGUACGUGGAAACCAAAACCUCAUCUGUGAUAAUCUGCUGCCCUCGCGGGAUCUCUUGCUGCAGACGUCUCUGGUUGAUGAAGUCGCAAGUAUGAGACCCAACAUCUUCGUAGGUCUCUCCGAAGGCAACGCCGUCUACAAGAAAUGGUACUACGAGGUGUCUAUUGAUCAGAUAGAGAGCGCCACCCACAGACCCUUCAAGUUCCGGGUCGGUUGGGCAAACACUAGAGGCUUCUCUCCCUCUCCCAGGGGUGGGGAGGGAUGGUGUAGCAUCGGCGUUGGGGAUGAUCUCAGCUCGUAUGGAUUUGAUGGCGUGAACCUCUGGACAGGUGGUACCCACAAGCCUGCGACACGUAGCGGUAUGCAGCCCCUGAACAAAGGAGACAUCAUUGGUAUCUGUUUUGAUCUCAGUAUACCAACCAUCUUGUUCCACGUCAACGGUAACCCGGUCAAGGCGGCGUUUGAAGCAUUCAACCUAGACGGCAUGUUCUUCCCUGUCGUCAGCCUCUCUGCAAAUAUAACCGCUCACAUCAUUCUGGGCGGUAAACAGGGACGCUUCAAGUACACUCCCCCUAAAGGUUUCGCUCCUGUCUACGAAUCCCUCAUGCCCAAGGAAGAGUUGAAGAUUGAGCGAUGUUUCUCAAUCGGGGACCUGACUGAAGGCAUCGUGUGUGGCUCCAUGCCGAGCAGGGAUCAUGCAAACUUCGUACCGGCGCCGGUAGAUACACAAAACGUGGUGCUUCCAGGCUAUAUUGAAAUGCUGAGAGACAAACUGGCUGAGAACGUGCAUGAACUUUGGUGUAUGAACAAGAUUGAAGCUGGCUGGAGCUGGGGAACUGUUCGGUCUGAUACCAAGAAGUCUCACCCAUGUCUUACCUUCUUCUACAACAUGACGGAAGAAGAGAAGAACUUUGACAGCACCAUGGCUUACGAAACACUCAGGACGUUGAUCUCCUUAGGUUAUCGGAUCAGCAUCGAUGAGGAAUCGUCUAAGGCCACCUUGAAGAGAUUGCGCCUUCCCAUGAACUAUGUGAUGUCUAACGGCUACAAACCAGCGCCGUACAAUCUGUCGUCCAUCACAUUGAACCCUAAGAUGGAGAAACUCGUGGAGUUGUUGGCUGAGAAUGCCCACAACGUCUGGGCCAGGGAUCGAAUCGAGCAGGGAUGGACCUACGGACUCUCAGAUGAUAACACAUACAAGCGCAAUCCCCAGCUGGUUCCUUACAACCAGCUCAACGACGCCUCCAAGAAGUUGAAUCGAGACACAGCGAGUGAGACCGUGCGUACAAUCCUAGGCUUUGGAUACACUUUAGAAGCUCCACCUGACAACCAAGAAGCUGGCUUCAGAGGUCUUGUGAGAGAGAUAUCAGAAAAGAAGCAAAAGAUGCGAACCCUCCGAGCAGAGAAGACAUACGCCGUGUCGUCUGGAAAAUGGUACUAUGAGUUUGAGGCAAUGUCCGCCGGACUGAUGAGAGUUGGUUGGGCACAGCCUUCCAUCAGUGCAGAGAAGGACCUGGCUACUACGGGAAAGGCUUACUUGUUUGAUGGAUUCUUGGCUCGCAAAUGGCACAACGGAUCAGAGAAUUUUGGCAAGACAUGGCACCAGAACGACGUGAUAGGUUGCAUGCUUGAUCUGACUGACAAGGCUAUCAGUUUCACUUUGAACGGCGAGUACUUGACGGAUUUGUGUGGUAGUGAGACUGCCUUCAGGGACGUUGAAAUUGGAGAAGGUUUUGUACCAGCAUUCUCAUUAGCUUGUGGAGAGCAAGCCAAACUCUGCUUCGGUCAGGAUUUGAAUUCACUGAAAUAUUUCACAGUCUGUGGUCUGCAAGAGGGAUAUGAGCCAUUUUGUGUACGGAAUGCUUUCAUCAAAGGGAACAUGAAGAAGACAAUGCCGUUGUGGUUCACCAAGCAUCAGCCAGUCUUCAAGUCCAUUGAUAACAACCAUCCCAAUCUUGAGAUUACCAGAGUCCCCGCUGGCAUUGAGGGACCUCCAUGCCUACGAGUCUCUCACAAGCAUUUUGGGACAGUCGAGAAUCAGCCAUUUGAGUACUUUCGCCUCGGCAUGCCUGUCGAGUGUCGAGACUUCCCGGCUGGAGGUGAGAUAGCAGUUUCUAUUCCUGUGCCAAUCCUGAGAGACAAACGAGGUUGGUCCAGCCAGCAGAGCGCUAGUCUGGACUUGAGUGAGACGGACUCCAUUGAGGGCAGCAGAAAAGUGACUAACGGCUAUCCAAGCAGUGCUGUAGAGAGUGACUCUGACUUUGACAGUGUAUCCACCCCGCACCAAAGUAGAAGAGACCGGCGGAAAGGGCUCAUGAGAAUGCCAGAGGUUGUUGAGGUUUUAUUGGAAGAGCACAGAGCUGUUGAUAUAGACGCCGUGGACUCCGACUCGGCCCUACGCCCCUCCAAUGGAUACGACUCAAAGAUGGGUACCCUCAACGGCACCCACAAAGAAAAGCGUAAAGGACCGAGUCUCCCGUUGGGGAGAAAGAUCCCGAUGGGGCGAACACCCUUAACUGACAGUCCCACAGGACCUCCAUCGGAGGUCAGCACCGAGGUCACACCCUCGCCUGCCAAAGCCAAACGGAAUAAAUUUGUCAAGAGUGCAAGUAUGGAUGCUCCACGCGGACUAGAUACCCAGAAUCAAACACGGUAUACGAAUAAUGAGAUUGAUGGGCGCCGUAGCCCUGGUGCUGAGGUCAUGCGGAAGGGGAAGAAGUUGAAGACUCCUGACGCAUCGCCGCCAGGUACCCUUACUCAUGAGUAUUCUGGUUUGAGUCCUCACAGCGACAACACCAGCUCAAUCGGCUCGGAGGGCCAUAUGAGACCCAAACUCUCCAAGAUCUCCUCGAUGGGCUCCAGUUUUGAAAUGUUCAAAUCCGUGGAUAUCAUGUCGGACAUCAGCGAGGUGGAUUCCAUCGAUGUAGCCAUGGCCACUAAGUUCUCCUAUGCAGUGCGAGUGUUUCCCGGUCAGGAUCCCGCAGAGAUUUUCGUCGGGUGGGUGACCCCAGGAUAUCAUCACCACAGUGUGACCUUUGACCCGGAGACGACACGGGCCGUAAAGGUCAAUCUGAUGAGUGACAGUGGCGGUGUGCAGGAAAGGACGUUCCAUGCAGUGCGGGAGAUUGAGAUGGGGCAUGACCGUAAGAGCUCUAAGCACCGUGACUGCUUCAUGAUCUGUGUGGGUGAUUUUCUGGACAUGUUGUCCAGUCCGGAGGGCCGUAGAGUGACCACUGGCCUGGUGGUCAGCUGUGUAGUGGACGUUGCUAAUGGUGACCUGACCUUCUCAAUAAACAAUAGAGAGAUACACACCAGGUACCAGGUGCAGCCUCACACGAAGCUAUUCCCUGCAGUGUUUGCUCGUCCAACCAGUAAGGAGAUGUUGCAGUUUGAGCUGGGGAGAACAAAGAACUGCCUGCCCCUGUCAGCCGCGUGGUUCAAGAGCGACUCCCACAAUCCCGUCCCUCAAUGUCCGUCCAGGGUCAACGUCCAGGUCAUACAGUCCUGUAUCUGGUCACGUGCUCCUCAUAAGACGCUCAAUGUGUUGACGCGUAAACACACCGACAGUGCCGGCUGGAUAGUGUCCUGCAGGCAGCCUGUUCCAUGGUUGGCUGUUCACAUUCCAGAGGAGAAUCGGUGCAUGGACAUAUUAGAGCUGAUUGAGAAUCCAGACCUACUCAAGUUCCAUGCUCAUACACUGAAGCUGUACAGUGCUGUGUGUUCCCAUGGCAACCAUCAUGUUGCACACGCUCUGUGCAGUCACGUCAAUGAAGAUCAGCUGACCUACUGUAUUCAGUGUGAAUAUCUCUCUGGCCCAUUGAGGAUGGGAUACCACGACCUUCUCAUAUCACUUCAUCUGGAGACUCAUGCAAAUGCCAGACUGAUGACCCAAGAUGAAUUCAUCAUUCCCCUGAUGGACGGUAACCAACGCUUUGAGGAUACCAGUGAUCAGGGAUCCAACAGUACUUCCAUAAAGAGAGCUCUGAGUACCAGCAAGAGUGUCUCCAUCAGACCUGAACAGCUCUUCUCGGAGAAAGGUUCUAGCGUCAACAUUGCCCAUCGCAUCAACGAGACUCGCCCACCGACCUUCCAGCUAGACUCCCUCAAGAAACAUGUGAUCAAUCUACUGACCCAAGCUGUGGCUCACGGGGUGUCAAGCUGCAGAGACCCCAUUGGGGGAAGCUACAAUGACCUCUUCGUACCACUUCUAAGACUCUGUGACAAGCUGCUUGUUAUCGGUGAGUUCGAUGAUGAAGACCUGAAGCAGUUACUCAUCUUGAUUGAUCCAACUACCUUUGAUGAAAACUACAAGAAAGGUAUCAGUGAAGCUGUUGGUUUGCUCCAGAUGCAGCUAGAUGAACCCGUCAAGCUGGAGGUCUGUUUCCUCCUACAGCAUCUGUGCGACAGUCAGCUCAGGCAUCGAGUGGAAUCCAUCGUUAACUUCUCGGAGGACUUUGUGGCCGAGUGUCAAGCUGACCAGUUGCGACGCUUUAUGGAAGUCCAAACAAAUGACAUGCCACCCAUCAUAGCAGCUAAGAAAACCAAAGAAUUCCGCUCAACUCCACAAGAGCAGAUGCGAAUGUUGGUCUCCUUCAAGGGGAAGGAUGACGGCUCCAGCCCCUGCCGAGAGGAUCUACGGGAGGUAUUGGACUCCUUCCAUGGUAACCUAGUGGCUCACUGCGGUGUGCAUGAGGUCUCUGAGGACCAACGGGUGAAAGAGGAGAAAUCAUGGCUGGUUCGGCUGUUUAGUUGGGUGACUGGCCGCAGCGGCAAUGGCUCGGAUGGAACUGAUUUUAACCAGAAGUUUUCCGGAGACUCAUUGUCUUAUCUAAUAUCGGAGACCAUGAUUCGCUGGGCUGAAGAGCAGCACAUUGAAGAUGCUUCGCUCGUACGAGAGAUGUUUAAGAUUCUCCAUCGACAGUAUGACGGUGUAGGGGAGCUGUGCCGCGCAUUGAACAAGACGUACGUAGUGAGCGCCAUCCAGAGAGAUGACAUUGUCCAUCUCUUGACCUCUCUGGGUCAGAUCAGGUCAUUGCUCACUGUCCAGAUGGGAUCAGUGGAGGAGGAAGCUUUGAUCAAACAUCUCUGGGAGUUGACAGACAACAAAGUGUUCUAUCAGCAUCCAGACCUGAUGAGGGCGCUCUGCGUUCACGAGACGGUGAUGAACGUGAUGGUCAACGUCUUAGAGAAACACCAAACCUCUGUUCAGUUAACGACAGGCUGCUGCGAUCUGGGAACCCUCAAGGGUAGCCGUACACUUCCCCAUCAAAUGAGCUCCACUUCAAACUCUGCCAAAGUACAGGAUUUCAACCAUGAUCUCAUCACUGCCUGCUCACGGUUCCUCAGCUACUUUGUUCGAACCAGUGGUCGAAACCAGAUGGCUAUUUUCGAUCACAUUGAUUAUUUCUUAGAUCAGAGUGAUAUUGGACUCUCCUACCCAUCCCUACGUGGGUCGUGUCCCCUGGACGUGGCUGCUGCUUCCUUGAUGGAUAAUAAUGAGCUGGCCCUUGCAUUAAGAGAACAACACCUGGAGAGGGUUGUUGUGUACCUCUCCAAUUGCGGCAUACAGGACAACUCACGCUUGAUUUCCAUUGGCAAACCUUCAAUAGGAUGGGACCCGUUAGAUGGAGAGCGGUACCUGGACUUCAUGCGUCAUGCUGUAUGGGUUAAUGGAGAAACCGUUGAGGAGAACGCAAACCUCGUCGUCCGUCUCCUGAUCAGACAUCCAGAGUGUCUCGGCCCAGCACUUCAUGGAGAAGGCAAGGGUCUCCUUGCUGCUAUGGGUGAAGCCAUCUUGAUGUCUGAUACCGUGGAUGAUAUGUUUAUAACAGGAACUCCAGCCAUGGUGGUCGUGAUGGAGGAAGGAGGGGAGUCCCAGCCACUCGUCACUAAAGGGCCCUCCAUAGAGAAGGAAGAGGAUGAAGAUGAUGUCGACAGUGGGGGCGCUAUUCUGACAUUCUACGCGACCCUGAUCGACCUCCUCGGGCGUUGUGCUCCAGACCAGCAGCUCUUGUGCCAAGGACGGACAGAACCCCAGAGGAUACGCUCUAUCCUGUGUAGUCUGGUGCCGUUGCCUGACCUGGUGGGAGUCCUCAGCCUCAAGUUUGUUUUGCCGUCACCUAAUAAAGUUUAUGAAAAGAAAGAAGACACUGUCGGGAAGCCUCUGGGUGCUGAUCUGAAGGGCUUGACCCCCAGUCACAAGGAGGCCAUGCUUCUCUUCCUAGAGAGGGUUUAUGGAAUCAAUGAUCAAGAACUCUUCUUCCAUCUCUUGGAGGUCGGGUUCUUGCCUGAUCUGAGAGCUGCAACCACCAUGGACACGCCCAACACCCAUGAUCACGACAUGUCCCUGGCGCUCAAUCGCUACCUCUGUAACUCGGUGCUUCCUCUGCUGACUCGACACUCUGACAUGUUUGAGAACGCAGACCAGUACGCCUCGUUACUAGACUCCACGCUACACACAGUCUACAGGAUGGCUAGUUGUAGGUCGUUGACCCGGGGUCAGAGGGAGACUGUGGCUGAUUUCCUGGUUGCCUUGACGAGGAGUCUACGCCCCAGCAUGAUGCAACGUCUGUUAAGGAAGCUGAUUAUUGAUGUUCCUGCUCUCGUUGAACACACUUAUGUAGCUCUUAAGCUUCUUCAGCUUCACUACGAGCGUUGCAUCAACUACUAUGGUAGCAUCGGUGGAUGGGGCAGCCAUGGUAUGGCUAAUGAUGAAGAGAAGAGACUGACCAUGAUGCUCUUUACUGGACUCUUUGAUGCGCUUGCAGACAGGGACUAUGAUUCUGAGAUGUUUGACAAAGCCCUUCCCUGCCUGACUGCUAUCGGUAGUGCCUUGCCACCAGACUACUCCAUGGCUUAUAAUGAUGCUAGCUACGUUAGGGAGUCUGGGUUUGAUGCAGACGGGCGGUAUCAACCCAAGCCGGUAGACACUACAAGGGUGCUGUUGAAUGAGAACCUGUUGUCUUUCAGCGAUCGUUUUGCUGAGCAUCUUCAUGAUGCAUGGGCCCUUGGAAUGUUUGAAUCUGGUUGGACACAUGGUGAGAUUGAAAACAGUGCUAUGAAAGAACAUCCGACAUUAAGACCUUAUCGCACUCUACACCCAAAGGAGAAAGAUGCAUACCGAGAUGUGAUCAGAGAGAGUAUUAAGGCAGUGCUGGCAUGGGGAUGGGCUAUUGAGAAGAGUAAAGUACCCGAGCAGCAUACACAUCAUCGGCCGAGACGGCUUUCCAAAACCAGUCUGGGUGCCAUGGAAUCCCCACAUGGCUACAAUCCGAGACCCAUUGAUAUGAGUAACAUCACACUCACUAGGGAGAUGCAGAACAUGGCUGAGCGUCUUGCUGAGAAUGCCCAUGAUGUGUGGGCCAAGAAGACCAAGGUGGAGUUAGAUUCAUCAGAUAUCGGUAAUCAUGCCCAGCUGGUACCCUUUGACAUCCUGACUGAUCAAGAAAAGAAGAAAGAUCGAGAGCUAGCUCAAGUCCUUCUCAAGUUCCUGCAAGUUAAUGGUUACAGAUUGCACAGCGAAGAGGAAGACGACAAGAGGAGUAGCAGACAGUAUGACUCAGACGGACUUGUCCGAGGGGCAAGCACGAUCGAGAAACGCUUUGCCUACAAUCUUCUGGAGAAGCUACUACACUAUGUAGACAAGGCCCAUACUAACCUCAAACCUAUGUGGAGAGAUGCACCCCACAAAAGGAAAGAGGAAGAAAAAAGCUACAAGUUCUUCACCAAGGUGGUGCUACCCCUGAUUGAGAAGUAUUUCUUAGCUCACUCGUCGUACUUUGUGUCCGCGCCAAACUCACCCCAGAGUGGACGAUACGGUUCGGCAUCGUACCGCGAGAAAGAGAUGGUGACAAGUGGGCAACCGCAGGCAGGCGCUUCCCCCGUGGAAACUGUUAUGGCAGCAAGUUUGUUCUGCAAGCUGUCACAUUUAGUUCGUCAGAAAAUCAACUUGUUUGGUCGGGACCUUCAGAGUAUCAUCCGGUGCUUGAGGGUUGUUGCUCAGUCAAUGGAUGCAAGCUCCGUCAUGAAGCACAGCUCUGACGUGGUAAAAAAGGGUCUUGUCAGCUUCUUCCAGCACGCUGCUGAUGACUUCACGGCCACCGUCCAGAAUGUCAAGAAUGGUCGCUUCACGCACAUUAAGACAACACAGGUGGUCAAGGGUAGCAUGGUGGUCAACUACGUACCAGGUGUUCUCAUACCGGUUCUAACCAGCUUGUUCAGCCACCUCGGGAGGCACCAGUUUGGUCAGGAUAUACUCUUGGAUCAGGUUCAAGUUGCCUGCUACAAACUCCUGAGCAGUCUUUACUCACUGGGAGCUGAUAAGUCAAUCUAUGUAAACAGCAUGGAGGUUAAGGAGAGCAUCGACAGGCAUAGACCAGCUAUUGGAGAGUUGUUGGCAGCCUUUGCUGGAGCCUUUCCCGUUGCCUUCCUAGAGCCCCACCUCAAUAAACACAAUGGUAGCUCCCUCCUCGGCCAGUUGGAGCUUAAAGGAGCAAACCGUGAAGGAGCAGAGGAGCUCUUGAGACUCACAUCAGGUAUCCCCACCCUGGAAGCCGUCAUGAAGGAACUAGAUCAGAUGGCCACUACGGGUGCCACAUACUGUGAGGCACCCCACGUCAUUGAAGUCAUUCUACCUAUGCUAUGCAGCUAUCUUCAUUUCUGGUGGACACAAGGUCCCGAUAACAUCUGCCGGAGGCAAGGCAAUUACUGGACCAUGGUCAACUCAACCCAUCUGAACAUCACUCUGGGUAACGUGUUGACGCUCAUCAAACACAACCUCGGAUCUGAUGAUUCACCGUGGAUGACACGUAUAGCCGCCAAUGCCCAGCCCAUCUUGAACGAUGUCAAGGAAGAGUUAUUGAAGACUCAUUUUCUUCCUGUAAUCGUCAAGCUAAGAGGCAAGAUGGAAAAGGUGUUCUCAGCUGAGGAGGUUCUUAAGAAGGAAUUUCCCAUGGGAGGCAACGAGAUGGAAGAGGCUGAGUUUGCAAUACUAGAGGAUUAUCAUCUGAUUGUGAGGGAUCUUUAUGCAUUCUACCCACUACUGAUCAAGUUUGUUGAUUCUCAGAGAGCCAAGUGGUUAAAGUGUCCCUCCUUGCAGGCUGAAAGUCUCUUCACUGAAGUCUCCAGUAUCUUCAACUGCUGGUCAAGAUCUGCAAACUGCCGUCGUGAAGAGCAGAACUUUGUGGCCCAGAUGGAAGCAGAGAAUGCCGCCCUGCUUGCGUCUGCAACAUCCAAUCGCAGGAUGGGUUUGACCCCGCCAGAAGACCCUGGAGCUGGCCUCAAAGCAGCUAGGGAUCGUCGGGUCGAAGGUCAAGGGUCACCAACCAGCCUGGUGGUUGUUUGUCUGAAACGCAUGCUGCCCAUUGGGAUGAACCUGUAUGGAGCGCGUGAACAAGAGCUUGUUCAACAAGCAAAGGUCAAAUUCCAGCAGAAAGAAACUGAGAAAGACGUGCGUGAGUUCCUGGUCCAGUCCCUCCACAUCAAAGACAAAGAGGUUGACCCCAAGAACCCAUCUUCUUCUUCCACACUCACACCAGAAGACUCCUCCUGCUCUUCUAAAAAAUCAACUCGCACCACCACCUCCUCCUCCUCCUCCUCCUCCUCCACCGCAUCCUCUAGGAGUAGAUCCCUGUUUGCUUCGUCGUCUAAGUCUUCUUACAAAUCUUCUAAAGCUAGUAACACCGCCCUUACUACUACUACUUCAUCCGUAGCUCCUUCUAGUGCAUGCCAGAGACGCUCUUCGUCCACUAGUGAAAUUGCUCGUGAGCAAGAGCUAGCCAAGCAGCGUCUGUUGUCAGAGCAAGGGAGGCUGGCUGAUCGCGGUGCUGCUGAGAUGGUCUUACUACUCCUCAGCGCAUCUAAAGGUGAGCCCAGCCCAAUGGUGAUGUGCACCCUGCAACUUGGUAUCUCGCUGCUGAGGGGCGGCAAUGAACUAGUUCAGGAGAAAAUGCUUUCUCAUCUGCAAGACAAGAUGGAUGUCGGGUUCUUCACUAGCGUAGCUGAGCUGAUGGAAUCCUGCAGUGUGUUAGACCUUGAAGCCUAUGAGAGAUACAACAAGGCAGAGGGCCUGGGGGUCAGCUCUGGGGAAAAUGCCGUCACUGGUGAGUCAGCCGCAGGAGAGAAGGCUCUUCACGAUGCUCCAUUUACGUGUGCUCUGUUCCGCUUCCUUCAGUUACUCUGUGAGGGACACAACCUCGAUUUCCAGAAUUAUCUGAGGACACAGACAGGGAACCAUACUACCGUUAACAUCAUUAUAUGCACCGUGGAUUACCUCCUCAGAUUGCAGGAAUCAAUCAGUGACUUCUACUGGCAUUACUCUGGAAAAGAUGUUGUUGAUCAACAGGGUCGUGAAAACUUCUCACGUGCUUUCAAAGUAGCAAAGCAGAUCUUCAGAACGCUCACUGAGUACAUUCAGGGUCCAUGUUCAGGGAACCAGUUAGCCUUAGCCCAUAGCAGGCUGUGGGACGCUGUUGGUGGUUUUCUGCACGUGUUUGCCAACCUACAGAAGAAGCUGUCGCAGGAUCCUGGUCAGCUGGAGCUUCUUCGAGAACUUCUGAACCUCCAGAAGGAGAUGGUGGUUAUGAUGCUUAGUAUGCUGGAAGGUAACGUGAUGCAUGGUACAAUCGGUAAACAGAUGGUGGACACGCUGGUGGAAUCUUCAGUCAAUCUAGAGAUCAUCCUGAAGUUCUUCGACAUGUUCUUGAAGCUGAAGGAUCUAGCGUCUGGAGAGGCGUUCAAGGAGUACGAUACGAAUAAUGAUGGUUGGAUUUCCCAUAAAGAGUUCAGGAUAGCCAUGGAGGCUCAGAAGAUGUACACAUGUGAUGAGAUUGAUUAUCUACUGAAGUGUGCUGAUAGAAACAAUGAUGGACGUAUUGACUUCAAUGAGUUCAGUGAACGAUUCCAUGGGCCAGCCCAAGAUAUUGGGUUCAACCUGGCAGUCUUGUUAACCAAUCUGGCCGACCAUAUGCCAAAUGAUUCCAGGUUGGACAGGUUUAAACAACUUGCAGAGAGUCUGCUGACCCACUUUGAACCUUACCUCGGACGCAUUGAGAUCAUGGGUAGCAGCAAGCGUAUAGAGCGUGUUUACUUUGAGAUCAAAGAGACACAUAAAGCGCAAUGGGAGAAACCACAGAUUAAGGAAUCCAAACACGCUUUCCUCCAUGAGCUCGUCAACGAAGGAGGAGAGAAGGAAAAGCUUCAAGACUUUGUCAACUUCUGUGAGGACACCAUCUUUGAGAUGCAACAUGCAGCCAGUAUGAGCGAUACAACAGAAGGCAUGUUGGAGAGUAUAGUCAGUCUCAUAGCAUUUGGUGGAAGAGAUUCACAGGCGUGGCUGAUGUGGUUCUUUCGCUCUCUACGUCCGUCCAGCAUCCGCAAGUCGGUCAGCGACUUCUUUGAGAACUACAGCCUCAAGAAGCUUAGGAAUAUCUCCAUCUUCUCCAUGUUCUUUGGCGUCUUCAGGUUGUUCUUCUUCUUGUCAAAGAAGAUGUUUGCCCUCGUGUUCUUCUUCAUCCGCAAACUCAUAAGCAUCUUGCUCGGUAACCGUAUCCUGGAAGAUGCACGGGAGAUCACUGGUACCCUGAAAGAAACAUUGAAGGUGCCCAACAUUGCAAGGCAACAGGCAUCUGGAUUGAGAAAUAUGCAGAACUACGGGUUACCGGCCACCAAGAGUGGACCCACCGUCUCGGCAUUCGGCAUAGACUUCUUCAAGGAUCGCAAAUCAUCGGAUUCGGGCAGUGAGGAAACGGCAUGCCAGAUGAGGAUGAGACGCAAACGACGUCAGCUGACUCCGUCCUCAAGCUUUGACUUUGAUCAUGAAGGGAAGGAGGGGCCACUGUCCAUGCCCUCUACCCCUGAUGCACAGACUAUAGAUGCAUCCAUCGCUGCAAUGAUUAAUGGUUCUGCCAAUCAGGCAAAAGGAAUGGAUCGGAGAGAGAGUACUGUCUUCCCAAGUUUGUUCCUGGCUCAGGAACUUGGCCUCCAGAACAAAGAUGAGCCAGAUGAGUUGGAAUUCUGUGAACCCAACAUGGGCAGGGUCAAACAGACCUUCCUGAGUUUCUUCGCCCGUAAUUUCUACAACAUCAAGUACUUGGCCCUCAUCCUGGCCUUCAUCAUCAACCUCUGUCUUCUCUUCUUCCGGGUCUCGGCGCAUUUAGUCGCAUCCCCAAUUCCCGUAGACGGCACCUCGUUUGCUGAUCUCAACACCACAUUACCUGAUGAUGGUGACCCAGCACCGGCCCCUGAGGAGGAACUCUUCACAGAGGAAGAGGAAUUCAUCAUCUUACAAGACAGUGUGUUGUAUCUUGAACCCCUCCUUAGUCUAAUCUGCCUCAUCCACACUCUGGUAUCCGUCUCCAUGAUGAUUGCUUACUGCGCUCUCAAGGUUCCCUUAGCCAUCUUUAAGCGGGAGAAGGAGAUUGCUCGUAAAUUGGAGUUUGAAGGAAUCUGGAUUGAGGAGCAACCCACACGGGAUGAUAUAAGAGGACAGUGGGAUGCACUCGCUAUCAGUACCAGACUCUUUCCGAACAACUACUGGGACAAAUUUGUGAAGAGAAAAGUAAUGGAGAAAUACACAGAGAGCAUCGGAGAAGAAAAGUUAAAUGAGAUUCUGGGACUUGAAAGUGAGGACAAUCUUGGAUGCCCUAAAGCACACGGAGGACUGAUAAGUGCCCUGUUAAAUGCUUUGGACUGGAAGUAUCAGAUCUGGAAGUGUGGAGUCAUCUGCACUGAUAGGUCGUUCCUGUACAUAGCCUGGUAUUUGACCUUCUCAAUGCUUGGUCAUGUCAAUCAUUUCUUCUUUGCGGCUCAUCUGCUAGAUAUGGCCAUGGGCUUCAAGACAUUACGUACGGUACUCCAAUCUGUCACACACAAUGGCAAACAGUUGAUGUUGACUGUGCUGAUGACGUGUGUGAUCAUCUAUCUGUACACCGUGCUGGCCUUCAAUUUCUUCCGCAAGUUUUAUAUGAAGGAUGAGGAUGGUCAGAUUGAGCAUAAGUGCCACAACAUGAUGACUUGUUUCAUCUUCCACUUGCACUCUGGUCUAAGAGCAGGAGGGGGUAUUGCUGAUGAGAUUGAGCCGCCAGACGGUGACGAUAAUGAGCUCUACCGCAUCAUCUUUGAUAUCACCUUCUUCUUCUUCGUCAUCAUCAUCCUACUCGCCAUCAUCCAAGGUUUAAUCAUUGAUGCGUUUGGAGAAUUGAGAGAUCAACUGGAGCAAGUCAAGGAAGACAUGGAGACAAAAUGCUUCAUCUGUGGUAUCGGAAGCGAAUACUUUGACAAAAUGCCCCAUGGCUUUGACUUGCAUACAUCCAAGGAGCACGACCUGUCUAACUACAUGUUCUUCCUUAUGUAUCUCAUCAACAAACCAGAAACUGAACAUACAGGGCAGGAGUCGUACGUCUGGCAGCUGUAUCAACGUCGAUGCUGGGAUUUCUUCCCCGUUGGUGACUGUUUCCGCAAGCAGUAUGAGGAAGAAUAAUCUGACUUCAUGCAUCCUCACACUCUUCUGUUGCUGCUGGUGAUAUCAUAGUCAGUACUAACGUCUUGAUCGGAAUAAGUUUUAUGUUCUCAAAGACUAAAUAGAGAGACACUUUGAGAGUGGGUGGAAGGCAUCUGUUAUCAGCAGAAACGUUUAGUGCAGCGGAGCAAGAAAAAAAUCGGCAGGUCACAGAGAUUUUUGAUUGAGCGGGGAAUGGGUUACCAGCCAGUGACAGCUGGUUUCCUUCUUUUGUUCAGCAGUUCUGCAUGGUGGUCUGAGAGGGCUGAAGAUGGAGGGUGUGAGGUGACCUUAACGUCUGCCUGUAUGUUCAGAAGCACAACCUCUCUACCAAGCAGUGAAUUUAAGAAGUAGUACACCAAGCAAGUCUCGACAGGCAUAUUCUGACAUCUUGAAACCAUUGGGGAAUCUUCUAGUCAGACUUAACACAAGAAGGAAAUAGAAAUUAUCCACUUUUGGUGGGUCCCAAUGUUUGAAUAUGUUUUACGACUUGCAAUUAAAAGGGGUGGGUUUUCGCAUUUAUAACCAAUAACUGUUUGGGUUGAAUUGGCCAGUUAAUGACUGACCAAAAUACCGAAACAGUUGGUGGUUACAGCGGCGAAAACGCACACAAGGACAGCAGAAGGCAUCACAUUUAUUCAAAUGUACCAAGCCUUAGGAUGGUCUAGUGGAGUCAGUGGAGAUGAUUGCUUAUUUUAUACCAAAUCAGUUAUGCGGAUUUCCUGCAUUCUUAUCUGGUAUUAUAAGCAUGUCCCUGUGUGUAUUAAUUAUCAGUUUAAUGACAAACCCGUAUUGCUGUGUGAUCAAUAACCGAUGUGUAUGUUGGAGUUCAGUGUGUGUGAAUUAACACCCAACAGGAACCACGGUUCUGUAAAAAAUUUCCCCUUUGUCGGGUGCUGUGCCAACUUAUUAAAGGUCAUGGAAUGCUGACCUUAAGAUUGUGACCCUUGACCUUUUGCAUAUUACAUGUCAUGUUGGGUCUGUACGAAAAUGCAAAGCAUUUUACAGUACAUCACAUACGAGGGAAUCACUCUUUGUGAAGUUACGGAAUGAAGUUAUUUUUUAUUUGAAAAAAGUUAUACAAAUAUAUUUUGCCUGAUUUCAGAAUAUUAUUGAGUAUAUUAUUUGAGAAAUUUAUGACAGAAAAAUAUAUAUCACAUAAAUAAAAAUUCAAGGCUGAAUUGUCGUGUCAUGGAAUUUCAGCAGAUUUAUGCUAGAUUUAAUCACAGCUGCAAUAUUGUGAUGAGUUAGAAAUUGUAUUAAAAAAAAGCUUUAAAAAAAACGAUGACUGAUUUUGAUCGUUCAAAGGACACAACUCAUCAAAAAUCUGUCUCGGGGAAAAAACAUCAACUCAUCGAUUCUUCAGCAAUGAAAUUUAACAAACGAAUUUUUGUUUAGUGCAUCUCAAGAUAAAGUGUGAUUUAUGUUAAAUGUUUUUAGAGGAACCUGUAUUCAGUAGAUUGAUUUAUUACCAAAACAAACUCUUUUUGAAAAAAGGGAUGGAAUGUUUGACUUUAUGUUGUUUUCUUUACUAUAAACCAAAGUUUAUUAUUGAUAUUGGGGCUGUUGUUCAGUAAAUUGUGUUGCAAUAUGAAUUAUAUUUGUUUUUGUUAUAUAUCAGUGUAUUCAGUUUGUCCUUGUAUUGUAUAAAAGAAGAAAACAACAAAACAAUUGUUUAUACCAAAUCAUUAAUAAAUUAAGAUUUAAUGUGCAUUUAAGAGAAGAAUUUACAGAGAAUUGUGAAAGAUAAACAAUGACUUAUUAACUUGAAAUUUAAUGAAAAUAAGUUUGUCUGAAAAAAAAAUUGAACUAAAAAAUAGUGAUCAAGUGUAAUCUUCUUCACAUGAAAUUACAUAAAGAAUUUAGAUAGUGUGUGGGUGUGUCGAGUAAAACCUUAAACAGGUGGAUUUUUUGUUGUUUAGAAAAUCACUUAAGCAUCAUCCUUCUGAUCAAAAAACCCAAAAGGGAGGUUUGGUGUUCGAUGCAGGGAGAUUGCAUGACUUUGGGGCAUGAGGACUAUCCUGUUUUUAGAGUUGUAGUGACUUGUGUCGUGCCCCAACAAUAGACCUACCCGGAUCUGUCCCUAUGCCCCACCACAUCUCAUAAACCUUCCCAGUUAAAAUGAUUGGAAAACAACAGGAGGCUGAAAACAAAGGGUACGACUACUAAACAUUCUACCAUUGUUGGUUCAGUUGGAGUCAACUAUGAUGUAGAUGUUUUUUCCUAAUAAUGCUAAAAGAAAUUGCUUCCGUGGAAAAAAAAAAAUUGAAAUUGGUUGUGUUGAGAAUUUUUGGUGUGAUGAUUGUUAGAUUUAAAAUUUACAGGAGUGGUGACUGUGACUUCAGUUGAAAACUUCUUGAUUUAGGCUCAAAGAACCAAUAUCUGCUGACAGGUUUAGUGCCAAAGUGUUAAGCGCCGUUCAUACUUUACGUGGAAGUGAAUUCAAAGCAAACAACCAAGCAAUUGCGUAGGCCCUGUUUUCCAAUUGUGACGCGAGGAAAUUCGCUUCGCUUGCACAAUUCACAUGAAGUAUGAACUGGUAAAUGAAUAGAUGGGAAUGCCUAUGAAACCUCCAAACUGUGAUGGAUCGGUCAACAACCAAAACAAUCUGCAGGAGAAUUGGGCAGGAAGGUUGAAUUAUUUGAGUUAGUUAUUUUUCAGUGUGAAGAUGUGAUUUAAGUGUGGUGUGGCGUGGGAAGCCAAUGUGAUGUGUACAACAGAAUAUAAAGUACUCUAUUUUCACUCAAUAUUUUAUAUAUCUGUAUAUAUAUAUACAUUGUUGUUUUUUUUUCUUCUUGGCUUUGUUCCUAUACAAUUCACUUAGACAAAGCAGUUUGGAUUCAUGCUGGAUUUUAAUGUUGAUAUGACUUUGAAUUUAUUAUGAAGGUUUGUUUUUGUGGGUAUAAUAAAAAAUAAAAUCAAACAAUAUUUGAGGUUCUGUAUGCUGAUGUGUGUGGCACCACCAAUGGAGUCUGUCUUCAAUGAAAAUCAUGUGCCUUGAUAUUUACACCUUCUUUUUUUUAACAAAAAAAUGCUACGUUUGUAUAAUAAAGACAGUUAAAAUAAGAAAGUUGGAUACCCUUUUCUUGGCAAUGCUUAAUCAUGUAAAUCUCCACAUUGAUAAACUAACAUAAACUUUCUUAAAGACAUUUGAAAAUAAAAAAACAUUAGAAAAACGUACAUACUUAUACAUAGCUUAGGUACUACUAACUUGUUUGAGCAAGAAAUUUCUUUUCAAGAGUUUGGUUUCUGAUUAUAGGUUACCAUAGUUAUAUAGUCUUCUUUUCCCACGAAAUCAGUGGAGAGAAACAAAACGUGAACAAUAUUUUUAAGAGUUUGCUGAUUUGACCUUUACUUGGGAGAGAACUUUGUCAUAGUUUGAAUAACGGCACUCUCACGUUUUCUUGUAGCUGUUGUUUGAUAGUGUGUUUGAAAUUACCCAAGUAUGCGUGCAUUAUGUAAAUAUAUCUUUUCUGAGAGGUUUUAAGCUGAACCCAGCACAGCUUUUUAAUCUCAACUUGUUUUCCUAAAUCGUUGCUGAGCAUUCACGGAUUAGAUUUUGCAUCCGUAAAGUGAACAUCAUGGAACUGCAGAGAUACAAAACAGCAAUUCUAUGGAAAUUAACUGAACUGUCUCUUAUCAUUCACUAAUUAUGCAUGAUAAAUUGUUAUUGACUUUUACUUCUUAUCAACUCCCUAUCUGUCUCCUAUCUCAACAGCCGAGUCUGGUUUUUAAAGACACUGAACACUAUUGGUAAUUGUCAAAGACCAGUCUUCUCACUUGGUGUAUCUCAACAAAUGCA